ACUAGACGGUUAAAAUAAUAUAAAGCUGAUACACGAAACGCGUGAACGAGACGGAGAAAAGUUCCUACCGGAACUUAAAACCAAGUUAGUUGAGUGAACGGAAAAAACAGUGACGCGCUUUCCGUUGAGGCACUUUCACCUGUAAAAUAAAAACAACUAGUGCACGUUGCUGUGCUUCAGAUGAGAUCUUUAUCCUUUUAAUAUUCAUUAUUUAAUUAAUAUCCACUAUCCACUGCGUUUCUCGAGGAAACACCGUUAUUUUGAAAACAAAGUUCAAAGUUUGAAGGGAUUGGUUGACUUUCGCUAGCUUGAUCGUUUAAGGUUGAAAAAGUCGCUAACCAUGAUACAGGUUCAAUUAUACAUCAAGUUAGCAUCAUACAAAAAAACAAAUAGAUAAAAACCGAACAUCAAACAGAGAAAUCAAGGAACAACUGGAAGCUACAGUCAACAGAUCCAGAGUAACAGUCGUGAGCGUAAAAAUUAAAGCUGAGGUUUGACACUUCAAUGUAGGAUCCAUCAUUUUUAUUUCAAACCGAAUGAGCUGAAGCUCAGGGCCUGAAGAGCAAAAUAAAUAAAUAAAAAAUAAAAAAAAGUACAAAUGUAGAACUGUCCACUUAUCUGUCUUCAUGAUGUGUUUAUACAGCAGCCUCCACUUACGGCUGGAGGCGUUAGAGUUGUUAAUUAAUGCAUUAAUAAAGAUCUAUAGGUGCGCACAGCGCCCAUAUCAGUGUGUUAUAAACCAUUUACUAAAUGUUUAUAAACUGCUUAUUAAUCCUAAGCAGGGGGGACUUGAAAGUAAAGUGUAACAGAUGUAAAAUACAGCCUCAAAAUGAGUAAAAACACCAUAAAACAGACAUAAAAAAAAUGCUUUUUACCUUUGUUACGUUAGGUGCUCUGCGCUUUUCUCCUAUGCUGUUUUUGUAUUAGUUGCAAAUGUUGAGACUUGAAAAAGCAAAGAAAAUACCUGAUUUUGUUCUGAAAUGUCUUUAGGAAAUGGCAGUUUUAUUCUGAAAAACAACGAGCGGAUGUCUCCCGUGUUGUUGCUUCUGGUCGCGAGAAGCGGAGCGAAGCCGGACGGACUCCAACCGUUUAACGAGACUCGUGAAAUAUUUAAAACGUGACGGGUUUAAAUAAAAUAGUUACUGUGUUUGUGGAGUUUUAACGGUACCCGCUCGUCUUCGGGCUCCGACUGGCGACAAUGAGCGACGGUUUAGUGGUGCUAGGCUAGCAGGCUAGCAAGCUAGCUGACGUUACUUGUAAUGUAACGUUGGCGCUGAAUGUAUAAAGCCGAGUUACCGAAAUAACGUUAGAGGAGACUGAUCAGGGAAGAGGCGGUCGCAUAAAAACCACCAGCUAUCUGACUAGCGGGAAGUUUAGCUGCAAAAGAUGCUGCCAACACCAGUAUGUGACAGUUAACGACUGUAAACAACGCGUUUCCCGUGUUAUGUAACAGUGUAAAUCUCCGCGGUCAGUGUUUAUCCGCCCGUCAUUUCACCACCAUCAUGCCUUUCUUGUUCCUGGAGCGGUUCCCCUGGCCCAGUCUACAGACCUACGCGGCGCUGAGUGCUGCCCUGCUGGCCGGGACCGUCCUGACCGCCUGCUCCUCCGACUCCCGCCCACAGUCCAGCCCGGAGGAGGUCCACAGCUCCAGGAUCAGCCGCUGCAUCACGGACGGCGGACAGUACCUGAGGGCAGGGUAUGGAGAUGUGGCUGCAGACGUCCUGCUGUACCUGUUGACCGACAGUGUCUUUGUUUGGGUGAUGGUAAACACAGCCUGCUGUGUCUUGCUGCUGAUUGCCAAACUCAUCCAGUGCGUUGUGUUCGGGCCGCUCCGUGUCAGCGAGAAACAGCAACUGAAGGACAAGUUCUGGAACUUUAUCUUCUACAAGUUCAUCUUCGUGUUUGGCGUCCUGAACGUCCAGACGGUGGAGGAGGUGGUGAUGUGGUGGCUCUGGUUCGCAGUCCUGGUCUUCCUCCAUCUCCUGGUUCAGCUCUGCAAGGACCGCUUUGAAUAUCUGUCCUUCUCUCCGGCCACUCCUCUGUCCAGCCACGCGCGGGUGCUGCUGCUGUUGGUGGUGCUGCUGUUGUGCUGCGGGGGUCUGGCUACACUUUGCAGCCGGGUGGCACGCAGUCAGGGCCGCCACACCGCCGCAUUCAUGGCUGCAGAGUGUAUGCUGGUGACUGUCAAGACCACACACGUCGUGUUUCGGUACUCCAUUCACCUGUGGGACGUGAACCAGGAGGGCAGCUGGGAGAAUAAAUCCUCCUGCGUUUACUACACCGACCUCCUGAUGGUGCUGCUGUUACUGGGCCUCGACCUGCUGCAUCACAUCCACAUGCUGCUCUUCAGUAACAUCUGGUUGUCCAUGGCGAGUCUGGUCAUCUUCAUGCAGCUUCGUUUCCUCGUUCAGGAGGUUCAGAAGAGAAUCCGCCGCCACCACAACUACCUGCGAGUGCUCCGCAACAUGGAGACCCGGUUUUCUGUGGCGUCUGCAGACGAACUGGCAGCCAAUAACGAUGACUGUGCGAUCUGCUGGGACGUGAUGAGUUCAGCUCGGAAACUGCCCUGUGGUCACCUCUUCCACAGCUCGUGUCUGCGCUCCUGGCUCGAGCAGGACACGUCAUGUCCAACAUGUCGGAUGUCCCUCAACAUCGACGAAGGAGGUGAAGGUCGCGUGGAGAGGGAGACCAGGGAGGCCGUCCCCGUCAACAUGGCUGCCGGACCUGGAACCGACGUUCCGCCGCACCUCAACCAGCUUAACCACUUCUUCCACUUUGAUGGUUCUCGUAUUGCCAGCUGGCUGCCCAGUUUCUCGGUGGAGGUCAUGGCCACCACCAACUUCCUGGGCAUCGCACCAACUAACCCGUCUCAGAUCAACACCAUGGCUCAGCAGAUCCAGGAGAUGUUUCCUCAGGUUCCUCUCCAGCUGAUCCUGCAGGACCUGGAGAUCACUCAGUCCCUGGAGGUCACCAGCGACAACAUCCUGGAGGGACGAGUCCAGACCGCCGCCCCACCACUGGCCAUGGAGCACCCGCUCAUACAGGUGACUCCUCCACCCGAGGACGAGCGCGAAGCCAGCAGCGAGUCAGAGCAGGAGGACGAGGAAGAGGACGAAGAUGUGGUGGAGAGGCGGAUUGCUGUGGAGGACAAGAAGGAUGAAGAUGAGCAGAAGGUGGAGGUUCGGUUUUGUACGUCGGCGGAGGAACGACAGAAGCUGCUGCUGCAGAGGAAGGAGGAGCUGCUGCAGCGAGCACGCAGGGACUAUCUGACCAGGAACACCAGGUCCGACACAGGAAACCCGGACGGCUCGGACCUCCGAUCCCGUGAACCUGCGAAGAGAAGCGUUAGCGGCGGCGGCGGAACGACGGCGACAGAGACGUACUGACUUUACCCACCGAGUACUGGUCGGUAUGGAAACACAGCCACAGACAGUGGAUACCUGCCCGCGGCUGUUUAUAGUAGAGACCCCACCUCCACUCAAGCUAAGGCUAAUAAAUGAAUACACUUUUUAUUAAAUGACACCGUAGAAACCUCCAGAGGAAAAAAAAAACAACAGUAAAGUUUCUGUUUUCACAGCGAAAGCACAUAUUGAAUGAGUGAGGCUUCUGUAACUGCAUAAUACUGAAGAUAGGAGGUUGCCAGGAUCAGUCACUCAGCUCAGCAGACGAUGCUAAUUGACUGAUCAGGUUACACACCAGACGUUCGCUCUACGGUAACUCAUCACAGCAGCGUCCCAGUGUUGUUAAUUAUUGUGAGGAGUAAACUCGUGCGGAGAAGCAGCUUCACGUAGCAUCGGUCCCUCUGGUCAGACCAGUGUUUUAGGGACUGUCUGCUUCUCUGAAACAGCCUGUUGAGAUCCACGCUGGAUCACACCAAUGGUGUAGCAGCUGAACGUGGGAGCUGGGGAAUAGAGUUUGGGAUGUAGGUUUGUAAAGUCUGGAGACUGUGCAGGACCGACAGACAGACAGUUCUCGACCUAGUUUAGUCUCCUUCUUUUCUUUCCCUACAGCUGGGGAACAGAUCCCACUACUUUUCUGCUGCAGACUGAAAUCCGUCUGCAGCAGCAAGGUACCGAAUGUUGUCAUCAUUGCUUGGCAAGAGUCACAGCUGUGUUUGCUUAUUCUUUCCCUUCCUUAUGAUAAAUCAUCAUUUUGAAUAGGCAGAGUUGUACAGCUGUCGUGUGUUAAGACACAAACGUGAUACAUUGGAAAAGUUUGGCCUAUUUCGUUACAUAAUAGAACAGGUUGUUGAAAGUUUGUUGUCAGCAGAAUAAGGUAUUGAGAACACAUUUUUGGUAUUGAUUACCAGAAUUUUCUGAUAAUACUCAGCCCUGGUUUUUUCAUUGACAAACUUCACCACGUGUGUUUAGGCUUUUAGAGCUGACCUGCCUGUUACAAGUUUAAAAAAAAAAAAAAAAAA